AUGAAUCACGAUAGUCCGCUAACGUCUGUGGUUAAUCAAUCCAUCGACGUAUCAUCUGAAUCAUCAUUGUCAAAACAAGAUCUGGACAAAUUGAUCAAUCAGAACUCGGAAAACUUUGUAUCCCAUGAACAGGAAAUUCUUUCUUUAACUGCAUUACCAGAACAUGCCUGCAAAUACUGUGGAGUGAGCAAUCCACGUUGUGUUGUUCGGUGUGAUAUCUGUAAGAAAUGGUUCUGUAAUGGCAAAUCGGGAACCACUUCUCAUAUCAUUAGUCAUAUGGUACUCUCCCGUCAUCAUGAAGUUUCAUUGCAUUCGGAUUCAGAUUUAGGUGAAACAGAGCUGGAGUGUUACAGUUGUGGGAACAAAGAUCCAUUCAUGCUAGGUUUUGUCAGUGCCAAAACUGAUACUAUAGUUGUCAUUCUGUGUCGAAUUCCUUGUUCGCAGGCCAAGGAUAGUGAUUGGAACACUGCCAAUUGGCAACCCUUAGUGGAAGAAAGAUGCUUCCUAGAUUGGAUCGCUGAUUAUCCAACGCCGUUGGACAUGGCCAACGCCCGUGCCAUUUCCCCUCUUGAUAUAUCUAAGUUGGAGAGACAGUGGAGAUCUGAUGAAACUGCAACUUUGGAAGAUAUCAAAGAUUUAAUUGAUGCCACUGCACAGUACGACAAACAGCUCACUGAAAGUCAGGGCCUUAACUAUAUUUCUGUUUCUUGGUCCAUGUCUCCUCAUAAUUAUCACUUAGCAAAAUUCUCCUUAUCUUCCUACGAUUCAUCCAACCUCAAAAUUGCUGUUGGGGACGAAAUCAUUUUACACUACGAUGGUAUCAAGGAAGAGAAAUGGCAAGGCUCUGGAUAUGUCAUCAAGUUGCCAGCCACAUACUCCGAAGGAUUCACGCUGGAAUUGCAGCCAUCUUCUGUGAAACCCCCUACCGAACAUAACGUUGGGUUCAGAGCAGAAAUUGUUUGGAAAGGAAUCAGUUUUCAGAGAAUGCAAGCUGCCCUGACAACUUUUGCUGAGAAAAAAUCCAUUAGUAAAGACCUUUAUGAUAUUCUGUUAGGACAUAAAGAAGAACAGCCAGAGUUUACUGCCAAACUUCCAGAAGCCAUAUCUGUUCCAAACUUCACACAGUUGAAUCCAUCUCAAGUCAAUGCAGUGAAGUCUGUUUUACAACAAAGGCUAUCACUAAUUCAAGGUCCACCCGGAACUGGUAAGACUGUUACAUCUGCUACAAUCGUCUAUCAUCUGGCCAAAUCAAAGAAAAAGAAGGUUUUGGUCACAGCAUCUUCCAACAUUGCGGUUGAUCACUUAGCCUCCAAACUGGAAGAUAUAGGUUUGAAAGUUGUUCGUGUUACAGCUAGAAGCAGAGAGAAUGUUGAAUCCGCAAUUGAUCAUCUAAGCCUCAGCAGCUUAGUGUCAAACACUAACAAUCCCGUUCUGAAAAAGCUACUAAAGAAAAAAGAUGAACUGGGAAGCUUAUCAAAGAAAGAUAUGAAUAUCUAUAUUUCACAAACCAAAAAAGCAGAAGCAGAAAUACUUGCCGAAGCCCAUGUAGUUUGUUGCACUUGUUCUGGUGCUGGUGAUAAGAGAUUGGCUAAUAUAAAAUUUCCUUAUGUGCUGAUAGAUGAAAGUACUCAACCAUCGGAACCAGAGUCUUUGAUCCCCAUUGUUAAGGGUGCGAAGCAGGUGAUUUUGGUUGGAGAUCACCAACAGUUAGGUCCUGUUAUUUUGCAUAAUGGAGCUGCUAAAGCAGGCUUAAGACAGUCGUUGUUUGAAAGACUGAUUAAACUGGGGCAUAUUCCUAUUCGUUUGGAAGUUCAAUAUCGUAUGCAUCCUUCACUCUCUGAAUUCCCAAGCAACAUGUUCUAUGAUGGUUCAUUGCAGAACGGUGUAAGUCAUGAACAGCGACUUAUUCGCAGGUCCUCAUUCCCAUGGCCUGCACCUGGAAUCCCCCUUCUAUUUUGGUCAAGUUACGGAACAGAGGAAAUAUCUAUUAGUGGAACCUCCUUUUUGAAUAGAUCAGAGGCAAUGAACUGUGAAAAAAUUAUUUCAAGAUUGUUAAGUGAAGGAAUCAAACCCCAUCAAAUUGGUGUCAUUACUCCUUACCAGGGACAAAGAGAUUACAUUGUUCAGUAUCUUUUAAUGAAUGGUGCUCAUCCAGACCGUGAAAUCUAUCAAGACGUUGAAGUCGCAUCCGUGGACGCAUUUCAAGGUCGUGAAAAGGACUUCAUUAUUUUCUCCUGUACCCGAUCUAAUCAUACAAACACUAUUGGAUUUUUGAAAGAUGCUAGGCGUUUAAAUGUUGCUAUAACGAGGGCCAAAUAUGGACUUUUUGUCCUUGGUAAUAUCAAGACUCUGCAAAAAGAUCCUUUGUGGAAUCGUUUGUUAGUCCAUUUCAGAGACAAGGGUGCUUUAGUUGAAGGGAGACUUGAUAGCUUCCAGUUAUACACAGCGUCCUUGGAAUCAGCCAGAUUUAAGUCUACUGCUGAGAAUAACGGCUUGAAUCAAGGCGACAAUAAAGGUGACUUAAAUUCAAAUGGAUUUAGCAACCCCAAGUUUACUGCAGAAGAUUUAAGCUCUACUUCAUUCUCAUCUCUACAUCCUUUCAGGGCUAAUGUCGACACAGACUCUCGGUUUGCUUCCAAUCCAAGUAUUCCCUCUAUGAGUCCCUUUUUAAAUCAGCCACAGUGGACGAAUCCUUCCACUUUCCAACUAAACGAACAGAUUCGCCCGUCAACCCCAGAUGGACCACCAGUAGACCUUAGAUUUAUUCAAGGAUUGAACUUGGACGAACCUAUAAGUGAGCUUACAAGUCGCUUCAAUAAUCUUUGA